AUUCCUGUGUUUACAAUGGGUUGCCAGGGGCGCUGGACAGAGGGAAGAUGUAGCCGGAGCCUAGGCUGCCUGGGGUGAUGGUGGUCAGGUGGCAGUAGUCGCCAUGGCUGGCAGGUACCAGCUGUGGGCACCCUGGUCCCCACUUGAUGAGUCGCUGCAGUGGCUGCGGGGCACCAAGCCCAGGCCCAGUGGCACCAAGCCCCCUUUCCAGGGCGGGCAGAGCCCAGGCGCUGCCGACCUGGAGGUGCAGCUAUGCUUCCAGGGGCUCAGCCUGGUGCUGGAGCCCUGUGCCAAGACGGGAGCCGGGCAGCCGCAACCCCCGGGGGCCACCGGAGAAACAAGAGGGCGUGCCGGGGCUGUGCGCAAGCCCCAGGCGGUGCGGCUCACAGGGCUGGACUCGGUGUUUGGGCACCUGGUGACAGCACAGCCCCCUCGCUGGACGGGCUCGUUGCGCGUCUCGGAGCGCUCCGCCUUCUGCCAGGUCAUCAGCCCCCAGCAGCGCUGGCCUCGUGGGCUCCAGGAGCCCCAAGUACGGAUGGCCAUGGCCAUGUGCCGCCAAAUGCUGCGGGCCAUCCUGCUCCUCUACGCUGCCUACAAGAAAUGUGCCUUCGCCCUCCAACAUUCUCGCUGAGGGCCUGCCUGGCUGGCAAGGGCCUGGGCAAAGUUGGAUCCUUGCCCAACCCACCUAACGGCUCACGUGCCUCUUCCUUCCGGGUGACUCCAACGUGCUGGGUCCGUGUACACAUGCCGCAGGAGCCGGCGUGCUUUUCUGUCCCUGGAAUAACCAUCACUCGCCCCCAUUUCCAUGCAAGAUUUCUCCUAGAGAGAGGAACCACUUCGGUACCAGUGUCCGUCAGUGACCCAGCAUGGCAUGUAAGACCUUGGAUCUCCUGCAGAGAGAUUAAAUUCAUCAUACUGCCCACUUCACCUGGCAAAGAAAAGUUUGCAAAAAGAUAUUUGGAAAUAACUGUGAGACGACGACGACGGCUGCUUCCUUUCUGGCGACAUCUGGCUCAUCGAUGGAAAGAACAAACAAGGUGAUUGAUAUCAGCCCAGCACUUGUUAAAAAGGGACGCUCUUAUGAACAAACAUUCAAAGGAUUCUACGACUCAAAUAAAACAACUGUUUGCGCAUCUGUGCACAUGAUUAAAA